AGUUUACAGACUAGCUGAAUGCGUAAUUCGCGUUAAGCUUUAAAACGUGCUAUCAAACAGCUAUUUUCAAGCCAACGGAGAGCUAGUGUCAGUCAUGUCUGAUGGUCCAGGGGGGUUCGAGGUGGAGGAAGAUGAUGAGUGCUGGGCACGACUGGAAGACUACAGAAUGCUUCUCAUCAAGACCAUUGAGCCCUCAAGGAUAACACCUUAUCUGAGACAGUGUAAAGUGCUGAGCAGCGAGGACGAAGAACAGAUCUACAACGACCCCAGUCUGGUUAUCAGACGCAGAAAAGUUGGGGUGCUGCUGGACAUAUUACAAAGAACUGGCCUCAAAGGAUAUGAGGCAUUUCUAGAGAGUUUGGAGCUAGACUAUCCAGACGUGUACCGCAAAAUCACCGGCAAAGAGCCUGCUAGGGUCUUCUCCGUACUUAUUGACACUGCAGGUGAAUGUGGCCUCACUCAGUUCCUCAUGAGCGAGGUCUCUCGCCUACAGAAGCUUGCACAGGAUGAACGGAGGAAGCGACUCGAAGUGUCUGCGCAGGCGGCAGAGCAGCUAGACACCAUCCGCAAGCUGCAGCUGUGUGAGAACGAGCUGCACAAACAGCAGGACCGCGUGCAACGCACCCGAGAGGAGCGUGAGCGCAUGUGCGAGGAAGCGCGUAAACUGAGAGACGAGAAUUACCGACUGAUGCAUGACCUGACCCGACUGAGCGAGGAGAAGAACUGUGCACUCAUGUGUAACAGAGACCUCCAACUCGAGAUUGAGAAAUUGAAGCACAGCUUAAUGAAUGCAGAAAGUGACUCAAAGAUCCAACGGAAAAAGACAAUAACCUUGAAAAAUGCCAUGGAGCAGAGGCCAAGUCACGAGCUGAUCUGGCAGAUGCAGAGAGAAAAUGACCUCCUUGCAGCUCGGAUACAAGAGCUCGAAAGUGCUGCCAAGGUCCAAACUCUGGAGCACGAAAAGCUUGAUUUACAAUCAUUGGAGGAAUUCAAGCAACAAAGUCAGGCACAAUACCAGGAGCUGGUGAAUGAUCUCUACAAUCUAAGGAGAGACCUACAUGAUGCAGAAAAGCUGCGUGAUAAGUAUCGAGAAGAGAAGGAUGAGAUGGAACUAAAGUGCACGAUGCUAAAAAAGGACUCCAAAAUGUAUCGUGACCGAAUGGAAGACAUUCUGAAGCAACUAGAAGAAGUCAUCAAAGAAAGAGACAAGGCUAUUUGUACAAGAGAGGAGUACCAUUUGGAGAACUCCAAAAAUCUCCAAGACAAAGACCAGUAUCGCAAACAGAUACGGGAGAUGGGAGAGCGUUAUGAUGAACUUCAAGUCCAGUUGUUUCGAACUCAAGGAGAUGUUCUUGCUCUUCAGUCAAAGCUUCGCAAACAGAAAAACCCAAUUCAAGUGGUAUGUACAGUACACUUGAAAUUUCUACUACACAGAGUGGGUGUGAAAUGGAUGAAUGGAACAGAUGAAUCAUUGCACUCAGAAGAAAGCUCCUUGCUGAGUUCAUUUGAGUCAUCAACAGGGUUGCUUACAUUUUGUCCACAGAUGAAAAGUCAAACUAGCGAGGAGGAGUCUAGGGAAAGGGGUGAAAAGGACAUGAGUGAAGAGUCACAGAGCCAAACAUCUGGCGAGUACAAUGUAAGGUAUCUUUUGGAUGUUUUGGAUGUUUAUGAACAUAGUGAUAGUGGCUUAUUUAUUUAUUUAUUCUUGCAUAUUUCAUGUUUGCAGAGGAUGUUCUCUGAGGAGGAUCUAUCAGCCAACUGCAGACUUAGAGGAAAAUGCAACUUUCAUUAUAGGAGGAAACGUGCUUUAAGAACCAAAAAAUUCACAGACAAAGAGAGCGUACAGUGCAUCCUGGACAACACUUCUGGGAGUGAUACAGACGGGAUGUGACAUACAGCUUUGGACAAAGAGACGAAAUGUGGCCUUCUUUGAAGGCAUAUUUAAAUUUUUAAAUUUAAACAGUGACCCAUAAAAAUUGAUUCAUAUCAUAUCAGUGUCAUAGUGUUCACUGUCAAUGUCCAGUCAAUCACUUAUGUUGUUAUGAGUCUGAUCUGCCAAAUUAUCUGUUAUCUAUUAAUGUAUAAUAUAAUAAAUAUAUUGAUUUUUAUAUUGAGAUAUUGAUUUGAAUUUUAUGCAGAAACUGAUGUUUAAAAAUAAACUUACCCUAAAAAUACUAACUGAACUUAAAAUCUGAAAAUUAUCCCUAGUUUCUCAUGUACAGGCAUGAAUGAUAUAUGAACCUAUGUGUGAAUGUGAUGUUGUAAUUAUUUUCAUUUUGUAAUGACGUUUAAAAUAAAAUAC